AUGCUGCGCUCUCCCUUACAGCCCCCUGUUCUCUCCAAAGCCCCCUUCUGUACUCCCACCUACCCUUCCCGAGAUGGCGCAAAGCAGCAGCACCUUCUUUCCUCCUCCCUCCUCCUCCAAGGGCGUACCCCCAAGAACGCGGUAUGCUGCGCUCUCCCUUACAGCCCCCUGUUCUCUCCAAAGCCCCCUUCUGUACUCCCACCUACCCUUCCCGAGAUGGCGCAAAGCAGCAGCACCUUCUUUCCUCCUCCCUCCUCCUCCAAGGGCGUACCCCCAAGAACGCGGUAUGCUGCGCUCUCCCUUACAGCCCCCUGUUCUCUCCAAAGCCCCCUUCUGUACUCCCACCUACCCUUCCCGAGAUGGCGCAAAGCAGCAGCACCUUCUUUCCUCCUCCCUCCUCCUCCAAGGGCGUACCCCCAAGAACGCGGUAUGCUGCGCUCUCCCUUACAGCCCCCUGUUCUCUCCAAAGCCCCCUUCUGUACUCCCACCUACCCUUCCCGAGAUGGCGCAAAGCAGCAGCACCUUCUUUCCUCCUCCCUCCUCCUCCAAGGGCGUACCCCCAAGAACGCGGUAUGCUGCGCUCUCCCUUACAGCCCCCUGUUCUCUCCAAAGCCCCCUUCUGUACUCCCACCUACCCUUCCCGAGAUGGCGCAAAGCAGCAGCACCUUCUUUCCUCCUCCCUCCUCCUCCAAGGGCAUGGCGCAAAGCAGCAGCACCUUCUUUCCUCCUCCCUCCUCCUCCAAGGGCGUACCCCCAAGAACGCGGUAUGCUGCGCUCUCCCUUACAGCCCCCUGUUCUCUCCAAAGCCCCCUUCUGUACUCCCACCUACCCUUCCCGAGAUGGCGCAAAGCAGCAGCACCUUCUUUCCUCCUCCCUCCUCCUCCAAGGGCGUACCCCCAAGAACGCGGUAUGCUGCGCUCUCCCUUACAGCCCCCUGUUCUCUCCAAAGCCCCCUUCUGUACUCCCACCUACCCUUCCCGAGAUGGCGCAAAGCAGCAGCACCUUCUUUCCUCCUCCCUCCUCCUCCAAGGGCGUACCCCCAAGAACGCGGUAUGCUGCGCUCUCCCUUACAGCCCCCUGUUCUCUCCAAAGCCCCCUUCUGUACUCCCACCUACCCUUCCCGAGAUGGCGCAAAGCAGCAGCACCUUCUUUCCUCCUCCCUCCUCCUCCAAGGGCGUACCCCCAAGAACGCGGUAUGCUGCGCUCUCCCUUACAGCCCCCUGUUCUCUCCAAAGCCCCCUUCUGUACUCCCACCUACCCUUCCCGAGAUGGCGCAAAGCAGCAGCACCUUCUUUCCUCCUCCCUCCUCCUCCAAGGGCGUACCCCCAAGAACGCGGUAUGCUGCGCUCUCCCUUACAGCCCCCUGUUCUCUCCAAAGCCCCCUUCUGUACUCCCACCUACCCUUCCCGAGAUGGCGCAAAGCAGCAGCACCUUCUUUCCUCCUCCCUCCUCCUCCAAGGGCGUACCCCCAAGAACGCGGUAUGCUGCGCUCUCCCUUACAGCCCCCUGUUCUCUCCAAAGCCCCCUUCUGUACUCCCACCUACCCUUCCCGAGAUGGCGCAAAGCAGCAGCACCUUCUUUCCUCCUCCCUCCUCCUCCAAGGGCGUACCCCCAAGAACGCGGUAUGCUGCGCUCUCCCUUACAGCCCCCUGUUCUCUCCAAAGCCCCCUUCUGUACUCCCACCUACCCUUCCCGAGAUGGCGCAAAGCAGCAGCACCUUCUUUCCUCCUCCCUCCUCCUCCAAGGGCGUACCCCCAAGAACGCGGUAUGCUGCGCUCUCCCUUACAGCCCCCUGUUCUCUCCAAAGCCCCCUUCUGUACUCCCACCUACCCUUCCCGAGAUGGCGCAAAGCAGCAGCACCUUCUUUCCUCCUCCCUCCUCCUCCAAGGGCGUACCCCCAAGAACGCGGUAUGCUGCGCUCUCCCUUACAGCCCCCUGUUCUCUCCAAAGCCCCCUUCUGUACUCCCACCUACCCUUCCCGAGAUGGCGCAAAGCAGCAGCACCUUCUUUCCUCCUCCCUCCUCCUCCAAGGGCGUACCCCCAAGAACGCGGUAUGCUGCGCUCUCCCUUACAGCCCCCUGUUCUCUCCAAAGCCCCCUUCUGUACUCCCACCUACCCUUCCCGAGAUGGCGCAAAGCAGCAGCACCUUCUUUCCUCCUCCCUCCUCCUCCAAGGGCGUACCCCCAAGAACGCGGUAUGCUGCGCUCUCCCUUACAGCCCCCUGUUCUCUCCAAAGCCCCCUUCUGUACUCCCACCUACCCUUCCCGAGAUGGCGCAAAGCAGCAGCACCUUCUUUCCUCCUCCCUCCUCCUCCAAGGGCGUACCCCCAAGAACGCGGUAUGCUGCGCUCUCCCUUACAGCCCCCUGUUCUCUCCAAAGCCCCCUUCUGUACUCCCACCUACCCUUCCCGAGAUGGCGCAAAGCAGCAGCACCUUCUUUCCUCCUCCCUCCUCCUCCAAGGGCGUACCCCCAAGAACGCGGUAUGGUGCGCUCUCCCUUACAGCCCCCUGUUCUCUCCAAAGCCCCCUUCUGUACUCCCACCUACCCUUCCCGAGAUGGCGCAAAGCAGCAGCACCUUCUUUCCUCCUCCCUCCUCCUCCAAGGGCGUACCCCCAAGAACGCGGUAUGGUGCGCUCUCCCUUACAGCCCCCUGUUCUCUCCAAAGCCCCCUUCUGUACUCCCACCUACCCUUCCCGAGAUGGCGCAAAGCAGCAGCACCUUCUUUCCUCCUCCCUCCUCCUCCAAGGGCGUACCCCCAAGAACGCGGUAUGCUGCGCUCUCCCUUACAGCCCCCUGUUCUCUCCAAAGCCCCCUUCUGUACUCCCACCUACCCUUCCCGAGAUGGCGCAAAGCAGCAGCACCUUCUUUCCUCCUCCCUCCUCCUCCAAGGGCGUACCCCCAAGAACGCGGUAUGCUGCGCUCUCCCUUACAGCCCCCUGUUCUCUCCAAAGCCCCCUUCUGUACUCCCACCUACCCUUCCCGAGAUGGCGCAAAGCAGCAGCACCUUCUUUCCUCCUCCCUCCUCCUCCAAGGGCGUACCCCCAAGAACGCGGUAUGCUGCGCUCUCCCUUACAGCCCCCUGUUCUCUCCAAAGCCCCCUUCUGUACUCCCACCUACCCUUCCCGAGAUGGCGCAAAGCAGCAGCACCUUCUUUCCUCCUCCCUCCUCCUCCAAGGGCGUACCCCCAAGAACGCGGUAUGCUGCGCUCUCCCUUACAGCCCCCUGUUCUCUCCAAAGCCCCCUUCUGUACUCCCACCUACCCUUCCCGAGAUGGCGCAAAGCAGCAGCACCUUCUUUCCUCCUCCCUCCUCCUCCAAGGGCGUACCCCCAAGAACGCGGUAUGCUGCGCUCUCCCUUACAGCCCCCUGUUCUCUCCAAAGCCCCCUUCUGUACUCCCACCUACCCUUCCCGAGAUGGCGCAAAGCAGCAGCACCUUCUUUCCUCCUCCCUCCUCCUCCAAGGGCGUACCCCCAAGAACGCGGUAUGCUGCGCUCUCCCUUACAGCCCCCUGUUCUCUCCAAAGCCCCCUUCUGUACUCCCACCUACCCUUCCCGAGAUGGCGCAAAGCAGCAGCACCUUCUUUCCUCCUCCCUCCUCCUCCAAGGGCGUACCCCCAAGAACGCGGUAUGCUGCGCUCUCCCUUACAGCCCCCUGUUCUCUCCAAAGCCCCCUUCUGUACUCCCACCUACCCUUCCCGAGAUGGCGCAAAGCAGCAGCACCUUCUUUCCUCCUCCCUCCUCCUCCAAGGGCGUACCCCCAAGAACGCGGUAUGCUGCGCUCUCCCUUACAGCCCCCUGUUCUCUCCAAAGCCCCCUUCUGUACUCCCACCUACCCUUCCCGAGAUGGCGCAAAGCAGCAGCACCUUCUUUCCUCCUCCCUCCUCCUCCAAGGGCGUACCCCCAAGAACGCGGUAUGCUGCGCUCUCCCUUACAGCCCCCUGUUCUCUCCAAAGCCCCCUUCUGUACUCCCACCUACCCUUCCCGAGAUGGCGCAAAGCAGCAGCACCUUCUUUCCUCCUCCCUCCUCCUCCAAGGGCGUACCCCCAAGAACGCGGUAUGCUGCGCUCUCCCUUACAGCCCCCUGUUCUCUCCAAAGCCCCCUUCUGUACUCCCACCUACCCUUCCCGAGAUGGCGCAAAGCAGCAGCACCUUCUUUCCUCCUCCCUCCUCCUCCAAGGGCGUACCCCCAAGAACGCGGUAUGCUGCGCUCUCCCUUACAGCCCCCUGUUCUCUCCAAAGCCCCCUUCUGUACUCCCACCUACCCUUCCCGAGAUGGCGCAAAGCAGCAGCACCUUCUUUCCUCCUCCCUCCUCCUCCAAGGGCGUACCCCCAAGAACGCGGUAUGCUGCGCUCUCCCUUACAGCCCCCUGUUCUCUCCAAAGCCCCCUUCUGUACUCCCACCUACCCUUCCCGAGAUGGCGCAAAGCAGCAGCACCUUCUUUCCUCCUCCCUCCUCCUCCAAGGGCGUACCCCCAAGAACGCGGUAUGCUGCGCUCUCCCUUACAGCCCCCUGUUCUCUCCAAAGCCCCCUUCUGUACUCCCACCUACCCUUCCCGAGAUGGCGCAAAGCAGCAGCACCUUCUUUCCUCCUCCCUCCUCCUCCAAGGGCGUACCCCCAAGAACGCGUGCCGUUGAUUUUCCCCACCAAUCCUACUUCUCCCUCCUAUUCUCCCCCCUGUUUUCCCCUUUCCCCAUUUAA